AUGGGCGCGCACACAGAGACCAGCCAAGCGCGCACCGGCAUCGUCACCAUGCCGCCGGCGUCGUCCACAGGUUUCACCGCCACGGUGGGCCGCAUCCGAACUCUCCCGGCGGAGCGGCCGCACCUGAGGCGCUGCACCAAGCUGCUCUGCUCGGCGGUCCUCGUCGUGCUCCUCCUCGCAGCCGUGCUCCUCUUCGUCGCCUACCUCGCCGUGCGCCCGCACAGGCCGCGGUUCCACGUGGUGGCCUUCUCCGCCUCCGGCAUCCAGCAGGCGGCAGGCGGGGACGGAGCCGGCAUGGUCCUCCUCUCCGGGCAGUUCUCGGUCCGCAACCCGAACCACGACGUCGGCUUCUUCUACGACCGGCUCUACCUCUCCGUGCACUACGGCAACGUCGACGUCGUCAAGGACCAGGACAUCACCGGCAGGCCGAUGUACCAGCCGCCCAAGACCACGACGCCGGUCACAUUUGAGGGUGUCACUGUGCCUGCAAGCUCUGCCACGGCGAGCAUGGCAAGGGACGCUGGAGCGGAGAGAGGCUCCGUGGCGUUCACGGUGAAGGUCCGGUCAAGGAUACGGGUGAGGGUGGCCUUCUGGGGCUCUCACUGGCACCCGCUCCAUGUCGGCUGUGACAUUGCUGUUGGCCCUGACGGGCAGCUGCUGCCUGAGAGCCGGCAGAAGCGUUGCGCCAUAAACUUCCUCUAG